AUAUCUAGAAGAAAAACAGAAUCAGUCGUCAGCUAGUGUAGUAGCGUGCCAGAAUCUGAAAAAAAUGAAGUUGGUCAUUUUUCUAGUCGUUUUUGUCGGCUGGUUGGCAGUUUCGGAAGGAUCGCGGAUCCUGAUUGUCGCCGCUCACGGCACCAAGAGCCACCAAAACGUCUACGUUCCGCUGACCAAAGAAUUAGUGGGCAGAGGUCACCACGUGACUCUCAUCACCAAUUACGACAUUGGCGAAGUGGCCCAACACGACAAUGUCAAUCAGAUCCUGCUGGAGCAGCUGGCCAUGGACACGAACAUUUUCCCCAACAUGUUCAAAGCCACGACGGGAACGUGGCGGGAAAAAAUCGAAAUGGGCGUCCAAGUGGCCCGGAUGAUGUUCACCUUCCCGGCCAUGGUUGCCGAAACCACUUACGGAGACUCGCGCAUCCAGACAUUGUUGGCCAAGGGGAAAUUUGAUCUGGUCAUGUUCUCGGAAGCUUGCGGGUUGACCUGCUAUCCGUUCGGUUGGCACUUCAAAGCCCCGACCAUCGCCAUGAGUCCCAACGUUUUAUUCCCAGGACGGGCGGCCCUACUGGGUGACGAGGAGCAUUACAGUUACGUCCCGUUCAUUCUGUCCUCCUACACCGACAAAAUGUCGCUGAACCAACGGCUGGGCAAUUACCUCAUCUCGAAAAUAUUCAACACUCUGGUCCACGACUGGCACAUCGAUUCGGUUCAUUCCAUUUUCAAGAAGAUGGUCGAUCCUGAUUGCCCGUCGUUCAUUGAAAUUGAAAAGAAUUUCUCGCUGGUUUUCACUAAUAGUCACCCGAGUUUCAGCUACCCGCGGACACUUCCGCCGCAGGUCAUCGAAGUGGGCGGACUUCACUGCCGGCCGGCCCGGCCGCUUCCGGAUGAUUUGGAAACUUUUGUGUCUUCCUCCGAGGCCGGAUUCGUCGUCUUCGCCAUCGGCAGCGCCAUCAAAAUGGAAGAUAUGCCGGAAGAGAUGAUCCAGUCGUUCAUCAAAGCUUUCGCCCGGCUGCCGCAACGAGUCGUCUGGCAAUGGAAGGGAAAAGUCAGGAGCGAUUUACCGGCCAAUGUACUCGCAGUUCCUUGGUUACCUCAACAGGAUCUUUUAGGUCACAAACAUUGCAGGGCGUUUUUGACUCACGGAGGAUUGAACAGUUUGCAAGAGGCCGUUUAUCACGGAGUUCCAGUGCUGGGAUUCCCGUUCGGCACCGAUCAGACGUUGAAUGUUGGACGGGCCGUGAAGGAAGGCUACGCUGCCAAAUUGGAAUGGAAAGAAAUCACCCAGGAAACGUUAACCAAAUCCAUCCAAGAAAUUCUCCACGAUUCAAAGUAUAAGAAAUCGGCCAAACGAAUUUCCGGCAUGUUUCGCGAUCAAAUUCAACCGCCGUUGGAGCGGGCCGUUUUCUGGACGGAAUUCGUUUUGCGCCACAAGGGGACGGACCAUUUGCGGUUGGGAUCCAUCGACUUGGCGCCCUACCAGCGGGCCCUGGUCGACGUCUAUUUCGUCUUUUCUCUCUUCUUCAUCAUUCCUCUCCUUUUGGUCUUUUUCUGCGUGAGAAAAUGUUGCCGGGCUAAGCGGCCGGCAGCCCCACCAGCAGCGGUCAGAAAUGAGCAAAUAAAGAAACGGCAAUAAUUAAAUGGUCACUUUAAGUCAGAGAAAUAUGGAUUGUUUUAAAUACAGACAAAAGGCUUCCCUUA